AUGCUUUGCUGCUUCCGUGGGAGAGGAAGAGAGAGAUUGAGAGUGUGUGAUGUUCUUUUCCUUACGUACACUUCGCAAUAUUAUAUCAUGAAUUCAUGAUAUAUAUAUGGCUUCUGUCGGUCUGUCAUAGCAGAUCAGUUGUAGUUGGGAUGAUUAUCCAUUAAAACCAGUAUUGCCUUUGUAGCUUCGCUUAGAGGGUCCCGAUCUAACCUCAGGCACGAACAAACCUUCUUUGCUUGUAGUGUGGAUGGAGAGAACUAGGGGUGAGCUGAUGUAGAGGGAGCAAUCGCCCUGAGACUGGAAGAGAUGUACAGUUUUUCUGGGUUUCCUCAGACGGCUAUUCUUGGGUCUCCGUCAUUUCCCCCGAAUGGUUGCAGAAAAGCCUCAAGAGACUACUGUUGCCUCUCAACUCUACAACCAACUUUGGUAUCCUGUCACUGUAGGAAAUUGCUUGGGAAGAAAGGGCUGAACUUGUUCUUUUCCCAACCAAGACCCUUGAUAUAUGGGAAGGUUGAGUACAAUUCUGCAAUUGCAACCCUUUUAGCAGAUGAAAGCUCAGCAGUGACAGACAUGGGAGAAGAUACUGAAGAUAUUGGUGUCUUGGCAAUGGAUCCAGGAUUGGAACCAUAUAAAGAUCACUUCAAAUAUAGAUUAAAGAAAUAUGCAGAGCAGAAAAAACUGAUUGACCAAUAUGAAGGGAGUCUAGAGGAAUUUGCACGAGGUUAUUUGAAAUUUGGGUUUAACAGAGAAGAAGAUGGCAUUGUGUACCGUGAAUGGGCUCCUGCAGCAGAGGAAGCACAACUUAUUGGAGACUUCAAUGGAUGGGAUGGUUCCAAUCACACAAUGGAAAAGAACCAAUUUGGUGUUUGGAGCAUUAAGAUUCCUGAUUCUGGUGGGAAUCCAGUUAUUCCACACAAUUCAAGAGUGAAGUUUCGUUUUAAGCAUGGGAAUGGAGUUUGGGUCGACCGCAUUCCUGCAUGGAUCAAAUAUGCUGUUGUGGACCCCACAAGAUUUGCAGCACCAUAUGAUGGUGUGUACUGGGACCCUCCACCUUCAGAAAGGUAUCAGUUUAAGCAUCCUCGCCCUCCAAAGCCCAAGUCUCCACGAAUAUAUGAGGCUCAUGUAGGAAUGAGUAGCAAGGAACCCAGAGUAAACUCAUACAGGGAAUUUGCUGAUGAUGUGCUGCCUCAUAUACGGGCAAAUAGCUACAAUACAGUCCAGUUGAUGGCUGUAAUGGAACAUUCCUAUUAUGCAUCCUUUGGGUAUCAUGUUACAAACUUCUUUGCAGUUAGCAGUCGAUCUGGGACCCCUGAAGACUUAAAGUAUCUGAUUGAUAAAGCACAUAGUUUGGGUUUGCAAGUCCUGAUGGAUGUUGUUCACAGUCAUGCAAGUAACAAUGUAACAGAUGGCCUUAAUGGUUUUGAUGUUGGCCAAUGUGCACAAGAUUCCUAUUUUCAUACGGGAGAUCGAGGAUACCAUAAGUUAUGGGAUAGUCGGUUGUUUAACUUUGCUAACUGGGAAGUUCUUCGUUUUCUUCUAUCAAAUCUGAGAUGGUGGCUUGAUGAAUUCAAAUUUGAUGGUUUUAGAUUUGAUGGUGUAACAUCAAUGUUGUACCAUCAUCAUGGAAUCAACAUGGCAUAUACAGGGAACUAUAAUGAGUAUUUCAGUGAGGCAACUGAUGUUGAUGCUGUUGUUUAUCUGAUGCUAGCUAAUCAUGUGAUUCAUAAUGUCUUGCCAGAUGCAACUGUGAUUGCUGAAGAUGUUUCAGGUAUGCCUGCAUUAUGCCGACCUGCCUCUGAAGGGGGAAUUGGUUUUGAUUACCGCCUGGCAAUGGCAAUCCCUGACAAAUGGAUUGACUACUUAAAGAAUAAAAAGGAUAGUGAGUGGUCAAUGAAAGAAAUAUCAUGGACCCUGACAAACAGAAGAUACACAGAAAAGUGCAUAUCAUAUGCUGAGAGUCAUGAUCAGGCCAUUGUUGGUGACAAGACCAUAGCAUUUUUACUAAUGGAUAAAGAUAUGUAUUCUGGCAUGUCUUGUUUGACGGAUGCUUCUCCUACAAUUGAGCGGGGAAUUGCACUUCACAAGAUGAUUCAUUUCAUAACAAUGGUCUUAGGAGGUGAAGGGUAUCUAAAUUUCAUGGGCAAUGAGUUUGGCCAUCCUGAAUGGAUUGACUUCCCAAGAGAAGGCAAUGGUUGGAGUUAUGAAAAAUGCAGGCGUCAGUGGGACCUGGUGGACACAGAACACUUGAGAUACAAGUUCAUGAAUGCAUUUGACAGAGCCAUGAAUUUGCUUGAUGAAAAAUUUUCAUUCCUUUCAUCAACAAAGCAGAUUGUAAGCAGCACUGAUGAAGAAAACAAGGUUAUUGUGUUUGAACGUGGGGAUCUGGUUUUCGUGUUCAAUUUUCAUCCAGAGAAUACAUAUGAUGGGUACAAAGUUGGGUGUGACUUGCCAGGGAAGUAUAAAGUUUCCUUGGAUAGUGAUGCUUGGGAAUUUGGUGGACAAGGCAGAGUGGGCCAUGACGUAGACCAUUUCACAUCGCCAGAAGGGAUACCAGGUGUACCAGAAACAAAUUUCAAUAACCGUCCCAACUCCUUUAAGGUUUUAUCACCAGCUCGUACAUGUGUGGCUUAUUAUAAGGUUGAAGAAAGUCCACAAGACAUUACUUAUCGAAAAAAAAGUCCACAAGACAGUGAUGCUGGAGACAAAUUGGACUUACCCAAAAAAAAUUCUGGAGACAAGUUGGUUGGCGGAGACGAGGCAGCAGUGGCCAAUGUGGUGGCUAGUGGGGAGAGUCUUGAAGAAUCAGAAUCUGUUGAUGUUGGCAGCAACGAGAUUGAGGAUGAAGAAAUUGAGGACGUGGGAGAUGUGGGAUUGGAUGACUGAGAUCCGUGCUUUUAUAUCUGAGGAUAGUAUAAGACUUCUUUUGUUUUUUGGGCUUCUUUUUCCCCCUUGUACUUCAUUGUUAAUAUAAUGUUCAUAGAUAAUAAAUAAUGAUUCACAUGUCUA